AUGCGCCCCACAAGCACCUGGGUGCUAGUGACCGCCGAUGACAUCACGCGGCAUCUAAACGACCCCAAGCAGCAACACUCUCUUCUCUCCUCCAAUCGUCCGCCUAGGUCUAGGCCUCGGCAUCGGUCUCUCUGUCGCAACUCUCCACCCCUCUCCCCCUUCCGCGCAGCCCCCAUUCAAUGCCAAUACAGCGCGCCCUACUACCGCCCUGAGUCACAGGCUAAUGCCGACUCUGGCUGGGCUGUGAAGCCCGAGGACCCUCUUCUUAAUAAGCAGGGUCGUACAGGCAUCGCCGAGCAGGCGAAGGCUGCGUUCCUGUCGCCGGAUAAUAUGCGACAGGUUAGUCUGGGAAGUGUAUUGGGCCUUGUUGCUGGCGUUGGGCUGAGGGCUUUCUCGCGAGUACUGGUUGUCGUACUUGGUAUGGGUAUCGUGCUUAUUGAGUGGGCUGCCUCCAAGGGAUAUAACAUUCUUCCUCUAGAGCGCCUCCAGAAGCUUAUGAAGAAGGUUGACGUGCAGAAGGCUGUGAACUCGCACCGUCCCUUCAAGAUGAGUUUCGGAACUAUGAUGGCACUGGCGGCGUUUGCGCAGUUUUAGAAAAGUGCCAUGAUUUAUGUACAUAUAAACAGGUUUCCGGGUGCUAUCUCCGGCCGUAACUAAUGGCU